AUGAUUUCACUAGAUAACGGUGAGUCAAGAGUGAUUACUGCUGCCAAUCCAGUUAUAAUAAGGAUUAAUCGUCUGAAGGAGAUCAUCAAUGUUGCCACCAAAAUCAAAACAACCUCACUCAUUGUCUACCUUGAGCCUGACGUUGCCAAAGAGAGUCUGCUUUCCAAGAACUUCCCUCAAGCAGCAGCAACUAAAAUCAAAUCACCCUCCCUCACUGUCUACCUCAAGCCUGACAUUGCUGAAGAGAGUCUGCUUGCCAAGAAUGUCAAGCAAAAGCUCACCUAUACCUCAUUGCAUACUAUGACCGCAGCCAUGGAGAUCUGGUAUGACCCAGACCCUCAAUUCAUGUAUGUGCUUGAUCUCCAGGCUGAUUAUUUCAGCAACACAAGCCAGGCUUAUGCCACUGCAUCUAAUAAGGAUUUUUAUUCUGCUUUUUCGUCCUUACAUUGCAAUUGA